AUGCCGCUGGCGUGGCGCGGUCCGGCUGGCGAGACGCCGCUGCUGGUGGCGUGCAAGUACGGCCACUUACCCGCCGUCCGGCUCCUCUGCCAGCACGGGGUCGCCCUGAAUGCCCAGGAUGACCAUGGCGAGACGGCUCUGCACGCGGCCGUGUGGCACGGCUUCCCGGGCAUCGCCUGUCUGCUGAGCCGCGCCGGCGCCAGUCCCAACAUCGCCAACCAGGAGCUGGAGACGCCUCUGCACUGCGCGGCGGCCCGCGGUCAUCUGUCGGUGGUGCGCUGUCUGCUGGACAGUGGCGCCCUCUGCGACACGCCCGACUCUACCGGCGCCACCGCCCUCCACUUGGCGCUCCGGCGGCGCCACCAGCCGCUGGCGCACCUCCUGCUGGAGGCCGGCGCCAGCUGCGACGUCGCCGACCACGUUGGAGAGAGGCCUAUUCACAUCGCGUGCGCCGAGGGUCUGCUGGCGGCGGUGCAGGCGCUCUGCACGUACGGGUGCACGGUGGACGUGGCCAACAAUGAGGGCCUGUAUCCCGUCCACCUGGCGGCCAGAAACGGCCACACCGAGGUGGUGAGCGCCAUGUAG